AUGGCAAAACAAACUGAGCUGGGGAAAUGCUUUGUUCGGUGGUUCCGGUCGGGGGUUUACUCUGUGUCCUUUCCAAGUUUUACCAAUUUGAACAUCACCACCAGUAGUACUCCCAAAUCAGAACAACUCCACAAUUUGGUGUAUAGUCACCAAGAUUGGGUUGAUAUUGACAUUAAAAGCGACUAUACCAUUAUUCUUAAUUAUUACCCGUGUGCUUCAAUAACCGGGUCGGGUCGCAAGUCUACGAAAUACAAAGUGUCAGCAGAAACACCAAAGUGGAUUCAAUUUGUCUCAAAAAUCAGAAUGGAAGUAGAAGCAGGUGAUGAGUUGAGUUGGAGCAGAGAAACAGUUCCCAAGGUUAUGAAGAUAGUGAGCACCAGACUCCCUCAGAGAGACCUCAUCUCUCUCUUACUUGUCAGCCCAUGGCUCAACGCUACUCUCAUCUCCCACCCUUCCCCCUGGCUGCUUCUCGAUUUUCGUGAGAUGAAUGAUGCUGGGAAUCUCCUAAUAUCUGCUCUGUCACUGCCGCGAUAUCGGCAUGUGACGCAGAUAAACCUUGAAUUUGCACAAGAUAUUGAAGACAAACAUCUUGAAAUCAUUAAGAACAAGUGUUUUGAUGCUCUUCAAAACCUUAGUUUUGAAGUUUUGAAUCUGAAUAGCUGCCAGAAGAUUUCUGAUAAGGGAGUUCAAGAUAUGACCGGUGCAUGUGCCAAUCUGAAGAACUUUUCUAUAUAUUGGAACGUGAGGGUGACAGAUAUAGGUAUAACACACCUAGUGAAGAACUGCAAGUAUAUCAUUGAUCUAAAUAUAAGUGGCUGUAAGAAUCUUUCAGACAAAAGUUUGCAACUGGUUGCUCAGACUUAUCCAGAUUUGGAGUCGCUGAAUCUGACAAGGUGUGUCAAGUUAACAGAUUCUGGCUUGCAGCAGGUAUUGAAUUGUUCCAGUCUCCAGAGUCUGAACUUAUAUGCCCUAUCUAGCUUCACUGAUGCAGCUUACAUGAGGAUAUAUCUUCUUGCCCAGCUUAAAUUCUUGGAUCUAUGUGGUGCCCAGAAUCUAUCAGAUGAAGGGCUUUCUUGUAUAGUUAGAUGCAAUGAUCUUCUCUUUCUCAGUUUGACAUGGUGUGUCCGUAUCACUGAUGUUGGAGUCAUAGCCAUUGCAGAGAGUUGCACCUCUCUGGAAUAUCUCAGCUUAUUUGGGAUAGUUGGGGUGACUGAUGCAUGCCUAGUUUCCCUUUCAAGGACCUUUUCGAACACAAUGACCACUCUUGAUGUGAACGGAUGUAUUGGAAUUAAGAGACGGAGUCGUGAUGAAUUGCUUAAAUCUGACAUUCACUCUUCCUAGGACCUCAGAAAUCUCAAGCUGUAAUGAUUCUUGUCCUUUUGUUCUGAACAUUCGUAAACAAAUACGAAGUUUGUGAUUAAACAUUGU